AUGGAGUCCUCUAACGCGUCUCGAAAACCGUCUAUCCAGUUCCAGGCUCACAUUGACCCCACUGCAGGCAACAUUGCACCUCAUGGACGUUUUGGCUCGAAAAUGAAGGCUGCACAGGCCGGCUCUUCAGCCCCCUCCUUUUCACAACAGUCUGUUAUGGAUCAAAUCCUUGCAAAGCUAUCCCCAAAGGACAGCAAGUCUACUGGCUCUGCUGGAAAUCCGGCCACCAAGUCCUCAGAUACCCAUUCCUGUUUAGCAAAACAGCCCUCGGGAGAAAAUAAUUCUACCCUUGCGAACCUGGGAGACUCAGCUUCUGCGUUUGAAGGAUCCAUCCCAUCCGGCUCGGGUAGUCAGCCAAACCUGAAUGCCCGGCAGAAUGUUGUGAACACUGGGAAAGGGAUGGAUGCUCAGGAGAUGCUCCGCUUGCAGCAAGAAUUGGAAGCUGCAAAUUCUCGUAUUGCUUUGCAGGAGCAAGAGCUUGCCCAGACUCGUGUUAUCAAACACACACUGGACCAAGCUAUGGGGCCACCAUCUGAAGUUGACUUCGGCGGCCGUGAAAUUACUGAGCAGACAAUCAGCAACUUGCAGAAUGCAUUCAAUGCGUCCACCCGCCAGUUUAACCAGCGCCAAGAACAGUGGGCGAUACAAGACGAUGCUCACUCUGAUAUCUCAGACGCCCUCUCUGCUGGAGGAUACAAUAGGGCUUGUGGCCUCUGGAGCGCUCAAUCUCAACCACCAGUGAAUACCUUUGGUAAUGCUGACAAGAUUCAUCGUGAUUUUAUGAUACAUGAUACCAGCGUCAAUGCUGAUGCUGGCCGUAAUUGGGGAAAUCGCACUAAUCAGCCAGGAUAUAACCCCCAGGCUGGGUUUCCUCUCAACCAACGUAUAUUUUCCGGACAUGGAAGUCCACCCUAUGGGUUUGACAACCGAUAUUCAGCCGAGCCAGUUCCUCAGAUUCAAGGACCUAGUAGCCGCCGUGCUACGCAAGCUAGCCGUGCAGCUUCAUGCUUUCCUCCCCAGACGUCACCAUGGGGUGCAUUUUCCCCAUCUUUGGCUCCUGCUAGUUCUAUCCCUAGGCCAACUAGCCAGCAACAGGUUGGAACGUUUCAACCACAGAAUGCAUUUCCAAGUACCAACACGUAUCAACCUCGUCCAAUUGGCACGCCUUUAUCUCCAAUGGCGGCGGAGUUUACUGCUUUCCCUCCUACCCCUGGAUCAUGGACACCCUCAGCAACUUCCGGAGCUGGUUCGACCUACGUGUCUCCACUUGAGCCUUUGAAUUAUCGUCGUCUGCUAGACAAAAGCGUAUCUUGCGACUGGAAGUAUAUCGUGGACAAGAUCGUUUGCAACAACGAUCAGCAAGCGUCUAUCUUCCUCCAGCAAAAGCUCAAAGUUGGUACUUCUGAACAGAAGUACGAAAUUAUUGAAGCAAUUGCAAACCAAGCAUACCCCUUAAUGAUUAAUCGCUUUGGUAACUUCCUGGUUCAGCGCUGCUUUGAGCAUGGCACUCCCGAACAGGUUAUAUCCAUUGCUAACGCAAUCCGUGGCAACACCUUGAGCCUAAGCAUGGACCCCUUUGGCUGUCAUGUUAUCCAAAAAGCAUUUGACUGCGUUCCAGAAGAGCAUAAAGCGGUUAUGGUCCACGAACUUCUUCGCCGUAUCCCUGAAACUGUGAUUCAUAGAUAUGCCUGUCAUGUGUGGCAAAAACUUUUUGAACUUCGUUGGAGUGGUGAACCACCACAGAUUAUGGCUAAAGUUAACGAAGCACUUAGAGGAAUGUGGCAUAAGGUUGCCUUGGGCGAGACUGGGAGUCUCGUUGUCCAAAAUAUUUUUGAAAAUUGCGUUGAGGACGAGAAGCGUCAAGCUAUUGAAGAAGUUCUCGCAAAAAUUGAUCUACUUGCGCACGGUCAGUUCGGUAAUUGGUGUAUCCAGCACAUUUGUGAACAUGGUGCUCCACCAGAUAAGAGUCGUGCGAUUGAACACAUCCUGGUUUGGGCCACCGAUUACAGCAUGGACCAAUUUGCUUCUAAAGUGGUAGAGAAGUGCCUAAAAAUUGGCGGAACAGAAUUUCUUGACAGGUAUCUCUCAAGGGUCUGUACUGGACGCCCUGACCGUCCGCUUGCUGGAGACCAAUAUGGAAACUACUUGAUCCAGUGGAUACUCCUUAAUGCUGGAAAUCAGCACCGUGAGCUUGUUGCGGGUCAUAUUCGGGGCUCUAAGUUUGGAUCUCGUGUUGCCAUGCUUUGUUGUAACCCAAAUCAUGUUACUCGACCUGGGCCAGGAGCAGGUAUUCAAAUCAGCCGCUUUAAUUCUCCUGAAGAACGCGCUCCUGGGCCUAUGACUGGUGCUAGGUUUAACCGCAACUCGCAGUGGAGUAGCAACUACCCUCCAUUCCGUUGA